GCGGCCCCCUGCGUCUUCGUCCUCUGCGACUAUAUGCGCUAAUAUAUCCCUGCCGGCAUCCAGCCCACACUUAGUAUUCCCCGCUGCACGCAGGUGUCCAGCACUAUUCGAGCAACCCCCUUCCUCCACGCGCUAGAAAACCUCCGUCUCUGGUCUGCACUCUACUCUUAUAAGCUGUAUAUUCUUGCACUCGCUCCCUAUGGCGACCUCACACUCGUUACCGAUCUCCUCCCCCAAGCGGACGGUCACUCAGCUACCCUUCUCUCCCUCUCAGGCGAGCACUGGUCCACCCAGUCUCCCAGGCAUCAACACUAGCAUCUCCGGGCUCUCCAAGCAUUCUGCCGGAAGCAUGCCUGGGUCCCCCACGACGCUCGCUCACCAGAGAGCGGGAUCGGCGGUAUCAUCUCGCACUCGUCUUCCUCAAACCCCUACCCACCAUGUCCCUCCGGAGCUCCCGAUUGGACCCUCCGCGUCCAUGCCGAUUCUGCAACCGCGGCCGACUGCAGGUACGACCCAUGUCGGUGGAAUCAUCCCAUCCUCCUCCUUCUUUCACCCGUCGCGUCCAAACUACCCAGCCCCAUCUCCCACGCCACCCUUGCCUCGACCGUCCACCACAGACUCAGUUUCAUCCGUCGGAGGCACACCGGCGGAUGUCCUCCGUCUCGCAGCGCUCGGAGGCGCCUACCAACGCGAUAGGAUCUCGGAGGGCACGGACAGUGCUGACCACUCUGCGGAGGACGUCAAGUCGUCGACGCUAGUACCAUCACUCAGGACAGCGUCCAUGAAGUACAGUCGUGAGCCUCUUCUUCCCAUCGGCAAUGGACCUACAGAGACGUCUGGUGCAGCGAAUCGCCCAACGGUGCAGACGAGUCCGUAUGGACGGAACGAGAACGCGGGGAGUCGAAUGCGCGACAGUUUUGAGAAGCUGUUCAAGCGGCGUUUCAGCCUGGAGGGCAACCGACGGUCGCCGACCUCACCAGUCCACCCCGGUCCCAGCACCGCGUUCGGCCUCCAGUCCCGCUCUGCGGAGAUAUCUCCUGUCAACUUUGAGCUGAACGUGGACGGGACUGACCUGUCGCCUACCUCGCCAGGACACCGCAAGCACAGCUUGUCUCCGCUGCAGGGCUCCUCGACAUCACUCAACCACGCGUCCUUCAUUGCGACACCACCAACGCACAUGAACCCUCCACUCAGCGCGACACCCGUCUUAGAUAGCCGGACGGGGAAACCCAUGCGAAACUACCAGCUCCACCCUUCGCGGAACCGAUUCUUCCUCGGUGGUCGGCUGCUUACCGGCGGCGACUCGCCAUGGGCGUUCAUCGCCUCCCUCAUCGUCGUUUUGAGCAUAACCGGCAUCUGGUUCGGCACGACGUGCGUAUGGUGGUGGCAGAACGAGAGCCCAGCGGUCGCAGCGGUGGGCGCAUACAUGUGCCUACUGACCAUUUCGAGCAUGUUCGCGACGGCGUUCCGAGAUCCUGGGAUCCUCCCGCGGAAUCUGGAUCCCGACCCCCCAUAUCCGGCGAGCUCGUCAUCGGAGGGUAGCCUGAGGCAGCCGCUACCUCGAGACCUCAAGGUGCGAGCGGGAAUCGUACGUACGAAGUUUUGUCCCACAUGUAUGACCUACCGCCCGCCACGGUCGAGUCAUUGUAAAAUGUGCGACAACUGCGUUGAUGGCUGCGACCAUCACUGUCAGUGGGUGAACAACUGUGUUGGGAGGCGCAAUUAUACCUCGUUCUUCACGUUUCUAUUCUCUGCCGUGACUACCCUAGUCCUGGUGAUAUGCACGACCGCGAUACAUCUGUAUUUGCUCACACGCAAGUACCACCUGAGCUUCCAUCGGGCCCUCGGGACUUCCCAGGGCGUCGGAAGUGCGGUCGCAUUUUGCAUCUCGAUCCUCGUCAUUUGGCCAGUCAUGGCGCUUCUCUCGUACCACCUCCGGCUGCUGCUCUUGAACGUCACCACGAUCGAGCAGAUCCGAAACCAGGCGCACAAGUCGCUCGUCCCGGGCCCGGCGCCCCCGAACCCGUUCUCGCACGGGAGCUGGCGGCGGAACCUCGUGUACAUGCUCUGUCGGCCCGCGGGGCAGUCGUGGCUGGACGCGCGUGGAAUCGCGACCGAGGACAAGCGGGAGGUGAAUCCCGGGCUGCUCCGUCAGGACGACUGGGGCGCGGAGGACAUCGAGCAUGGGAUGGACCGGGGCAAGGGCGAGUGAGCGCACCCGAGCGGUUCGCCCACGGCGACCGUGCGCGUGGGGGUGGGUGGCGACGGUGGCCGGACGAGCCUAUCUUGCUAGCCGCGUGUCUGUUAUGGGGUUUUGGCUGCCGCAGCGUCGCACAUUGGACCGUUGUCGGGCUUCGCAUAUCGCUCGCUGAUACCGCGCGGGUCAUGGUUGUGUGCAGACGGAUGGGGGGAGUUCUACCGGCGCACGCGAGUGUAAAUUAUUCGUAUACAUUUCGCCCAUCGGAACGCGGACG